AUGACCCCCUUGCAUCAACAUACAAGUGAAUUAGCCGUGGAAUCAUACCUAUAUGUGAGGGUGAUAGCUGAACACGAAAAUAAAUCUGACUCUGAAAGCAUGCCUGAUGGAGCAGCUACCGAUUACUACGUAAUCCUAGAUAUUACAGCUUCAGCAACCCCACAACAGAUUCGUGAUGCAUAUAAACGCGCAGCACUCAAAACCCACCCCGAUCGUGUGCCUAUAGGAUCACCGGAUCGUGCCAAACUUACUCAUAAGUUCCAACUUGUAAAUGAUGCGUAUUACACCCUCUCCGACCCAAAGCGACGCGGUGAUUAUGACUCUGCGCGUCGGUCUCAUGGGUUCAGAGAAAGUACAUCUUCACCUUCUAACCAAGACAAUGACAACGUAGACCACGGCCAAAAUGGAUAUUUUGGUUUUCCUUGGUCCAACUCUAGCUCGAAGUCAAGACCCCAGGAAGAUAAAGCGAAAUCACACAAAGAGCAAUUUGGGGAUGUAUUUGAGGAGAUGCUUAAAGAAGAGGGGUUGGCCGACCAGAAUGGCCGUCCAUCGAGUCGAUUCUGGGGUGUGGUGGGGGGUAUGAGCGGUGCAGCAAUGGGCUUUAUUGUCGCUAAUGUACCUGGUCUCAUCGCUGGCGCCGUUGCUGGAAACCGAUUGGGCGCCGUGAGAGACUUAAAGGGAAAGAGUGUAUUUGACGUCUUUCAAGAGUUGCCUGCUGCCGAUAAAACUAAGCUGUUAACUCAGCUGGCGCUUAAAGUUUUUAGUCACGGUGUAGGCUCAUGCUGA